AUGUCUACAAUAUCCGAGAUUAUCAAAGAUGCUCAUAAAAAACUUCAAAAACUGUUGGAGAAUUACAUAAUGAGUAAUGGAAAUGUUGAUGAUCAACAGUCUUGGUCAAAUCAAUUUCGACAAGAUUUCAUCCGACACUCGACAGCUGAAGAACUCAUUCUUUUUCCUGCUUAUGAGAAAUAUAUCAAAGAAAACAAUACAGAACUGAUUCAUCAAAGUCAACGCGAUCAUCGUGAGAUGAAAAAGCUUUUAUUUAUUCUUGACUUGACAACAAUAACAGAUCCAAAGUAUCGUUUUAUAUUUGAUCAAUUAAUUGAAUUGUUUCACAAGCAUAUUCAACGUGAACAAAAUCAAAAUUUACCAAAGUUAGAAGAAGUUUUAAUACCUGAUCAAAGUUCAUCUUUAGCCAAUGACUUUCAGCAAGCAAAAUAUUCAUCAAAUCUCAAAGUUUAUCCAACUUCGUCAGUAAAUCCACCCUUAUAG